AUGCUCACAAUGUUCUCUGGCACCAAGCUCGCAGAACUCCCGCCUGGAGUUUCCACAUCGCCGUCCCCACAGCUGCGACAGAGAACAACAUCAACACAAUCCGUACCCACGGCCGAAUCCACCCAAACCAACGACUAUCGCGAAGAGAGGCGGCGCGUGCACCAUGAAGCCGAUAUCGUCAUUGUUGGCGCGGGCAUUCUUGGGUGCGCAGCGGCUGUCGCAUUUGGCAAGCAGGGUAGAAGCGUCAUAUUGCUCGAGAAGAGCCUAAAGCAGCCGGACAGGAUUGUAGGAGAGUUGCUACAACCUGGUGGUGUCAAUGCUUUGGAGAAGCUAGGCAUGAGGGAUUGCCUCGACGACAUUGAUGCCAUACCCUGCUACGGCUACCAGAUCCUCUACGGCAAGGAAGAGGUCCACAUUCCGUACCCCGACAACCUCAUCACAUCCGGGCCCUCGAGAGCGCCUGAGGGCCGAUCCUUCCACCACGGCCGCUUCAUCUCCAAGCUACGUGCAAAGGCCAAGUCUACGCCCAACGUCACCGUCGUCGAGACAACCGUCACGUCCAUGGUCAAGAGCGACUACACAAACCAGGUCGUAGGCGUAUCAUGCCAAACCGCCGGAGAGCAAGACUACUACUUCGGCGCCGUCACCCUCGUCGCAGACGGCUACGCCUCCAAGUUCCGCAAAGAAUUCAUUCCCCACCAGCCCCAAGUCCGGAGCAAGUUCUGGGGCCUCGAAAUGAUCGACGCCGAACUCCCCAAGCCUAAUCACGGCCAUGUCAUCCUCGCCGACGCUCCUCCAAUCCUCAUCUACCAAAUUGGCACCCACGAAACCCGCAUCCUUGUCGACAUACCCGAGAACCUUCCCUCUGCCAGCCCCAAGAACGGUGGCGUCAAGAACCACAUGCUCAACGUUGCGCUGCCCCAACUCCCAGAAUGCGUCCAACCCGCCUUCCGCAAAGCAAUCGAAGCCGGCAAAUUACGCUCCAUGCCAAAUAGUUUCCUACCCCCUUCGACCCAGAAACAAGCCGGACUCAUUAUCCUGGGUGACGCCAUGAACAUGCGACACCCCCUCACCGGCGGCGGCAUGACCGUAGCCUUCAACGACGUCGUCCUCCUUUCCAACCUUCUCUCUCCCUCCAACAUACCCACACUCGAAGACACAUCCGCCGUCCUAUCCGCCAUGUCGACUUUUCACUGGCAACGCAAGAACGGCUCCUCUGUGAUCAACAUCCUGGCCAUGGCUCUAUACAGUCUCUUCGCCGCCAACAACCAACACUUGGAGCUGAUCAAGAAAGGUUGCUUCAAGUACUUUCUCCGCGGCGGCAAGAGCGUGAGUGAACCUUGUGGUAUGCUUGCCGGUCUCAUCACACAUCCCUGGAUGCUGGUUUGGCACUUCUUUUACGUCGCCUUUUACGCCAUCUGGGUUAGGUUGCAGGAGGUUCCUGUUUGGAAGGCACCAUACACACUCUGCGUUGAGAGCACUAUGGUCGUUUGGACUGCCAUUUGUGUUAUUGGACCCUAUCUUGUUGCUGAGGUCAAGAGGUAG